AUGCGUAGCCACGUGAAAAAUAAGCCCACGAACCGAAGCCCGGGUGCCCAGCUACCACCUGCGGGCCCACCGGAGACGGGGGCGGCCGAGGCCGGGGCACCCCGCGAGGGGCAGCCGCCCGACUGGGCGCAGACGCGGCGCGUAGCGCUGGUGGCCCUCGCCUUCCACGGCAACUUCAGCUACGUCUGGCUGCGGGCGCUGGAGAGGGCGCUGCCCGGCCGCCGCCCGCCUGCCGUCCUCGGCAAGGUGCUCUGCGACCAGCUCCUCGGCGCCCCCGUCGCCGUCCUCGCCUUCUACACGGGUAUGAGCAUCCUUCAGAGGAAAGAAGACAUCUUUUCAGACUGUAAAAAGAAAUUUUGGAACACAUAUAAGACGGGACUGAUGUACUGGCCUUUUGUGCAGCUGUCAAACUUCAUUUUGGUCCCUGUUUACCUGCGAACAGCUUACACUGGGCUCUGUGGCUUUGUCUGGGCUACCUUCAUUUGCUUUUCCCAACAGAGUGGAGAUGGCACAGCAAAGUCAGCAUUUAUAUGGCUCCAAAGAGAGAAGGUCAAUGCAGAUGAAGAAUCAUCAGAGAAAUAAGAACUUUAGUUCUGAACACAUUCUAAAUUGUUAAACUGAGUUUAUGAAAGUCAGUAAACCACACUGCAGCCUCAUUGCUGUGUUUAAAAUAAACAGUUAUCUCAACAUUUGUUGGUUAGUAUAAGCAGUGGAACAGUUUGUCUUUGUGCCUGUUUAUUUUUCGUAAAAGAGGCCAAUUGUAUAUUGGCAUUUAAUUAUUUUCAUGCUGCCAGCCCAUCUCUUCAGGGAACAACUGACUUACAGGGCAAUGUAAGCAUUUGCUCAUCAUGUCAGACCGCCUCACUGGGGAGAAAUAUUAGCUGUAAUUUAAUUUUCAAGCAACUUGUAAUUGCUAGAAAAAGGGGAAUAGAACGUUAAAUCAUCAGUUGUUGGACUUGACAAUUGUUAUCAGUGCAAGAUUGCUUUUGCAGAACAAAAUUUAAUGGAUUUCUUAUCUAAAAAGUGGCAUUGAAUCUGUUUUAUCCAGAGAAAACAAAAGUGCUGUGUUUUGUAGGGACCACUUUUCUAUAGGGGGAAACUUGCUUUAUUCUACAUUAAAAUCUAUAUAAAACAUGAAUUAUU